CCCGGACACGGAAGUAGAAUGACGGAGUGUGUUGUGAUUAAAGUUUGUAAGGUGGAGAAAAUGGAGAAUCUUAAUAUAAGGUGUUGACGGCUAUCGUUAAACAUUUGUUACAUCGAAAUCACAGCCAUACACGCGAAUACACUGGUAUUUAACUUUUUUGUAUCUAAGGUAAUUAUGUGAUUUAUGACCAUCGCAGUGUUGUCAUCGUCGACACGACGGAAGAUAGCAGAAAAUGGGACUCGUCUGUGUAUGAGUGAUUAUAAUCGCAUUAAUGACAGUGCCACAUUACACUAGAAAUAUACAUUACUAUCGUCGCUGACAAAGUCGCUGACAUGGAUUGUGCGGUGCUGGAACAAGAUGCCGUGAAAUUUGCCAAAUCCGCUGUCUUCUACGAUCAAAAGGGAAAAUAUAAUGAAGCUGUGUUUUAUUACAAGGAAGCGGCCCAAGCGCUGAUCUAUGCCGGCAUGGCGGGCUCUAAACUGGAGAAUAUCCAGGACAAAGUCAAUGAGUAUCUGGACAGAGUUGACGCUCUGCACACCGUAGUGCAGGCACAGAGCAGUGACCCCCUCAAAUCCAAGCAUCAAUUGGAUCUCGAAAGGGCUUAUUUCCUAGUGACCCAGGCCUUUGAAGAGGAUGAGAAAGGCAACAGUGACGAGGCAGUGGAGCUAUACACACAAGCUGUGGAACUGUGCAUUCAGGCGUCUAAUGAGACAUCAGACCAAGGCCUACAGGGGAAAUUGAAACAGCUGGCCCGCCAAGCUCUGGACCGGGCUGAGGGGCUAAAGGCCUCCAUGUCUAAAAGCACUCCACGGGAAAAAGCAGGACCCUCUGCACCCAAACCCAGUAACCCAGUGAGGCAGUACCUGCCCCUGGGCCCGGAUUUCUCCCUGCAGGACCGGACGCAGCCUGUGAGGUCAGCCCAGUCCAGUGAGCCUCAGGGUCAGCGGUACACAGCCGAGGAGAUCGAAGUGCUCAGGAGUACUUCCAGGAUCAAUGGGAUUGAAUACGUGCCGUUCAUGAGUGUUGACCUGAAGGAGCGUUUUGCAUUUCCCGUUCCAUUCACAGACAAGCGUGGCAACCUGGCCCUGUCCCCCAAACAGAAAGCCAUCUUCUCGCGUUGGGUUCGGCCUGACGAUAUCUGCAACAGCCCCACAAUGAUUUUCACUGUGUCCAGCUUCAGCAUCAAACAAACGGUUGUGUCAGACUGCUCGUUUGUCGCAUCUUUAGCCAUCAGCGCAGCGUAUGAGAGACGCUACAGCAAGAAAUUAAUAACCAGCAUCAUCUAUCCGCAGAACAGGAAAGGAGAGCCAGAAUACAACCCCUGCGGAAAAUACAUGGUCAAGCUGCACAUUAAUGGCGUCCCCAGGAAGGUGAUCAUCGAUGACUACUUGCCUGUGGACCGCAACGGAGAGCUGCUGUGCUCCUACUCCAGCAACCGGAACGAGCUAUGGGUGUCGCUCAUUGAGAAGGCUUACAUGAAGGUGAUGGGAGGGUACGACUUCCCCGGCUCCAACUCGAAUAUUGAUCUGCACGCUCUCACCGGCUGGAUUCCGGAACGCAUCGCUAUGCACUCAGACAAUCAGUCCUUCAACAAGGAUGACACCUUCCGCAUGCUCUACCAGAGGUUUCACAAGGGCCAUGUCCUAAUCACCACGGCGACUGGGGUGAUGACAGAUGAGGAGGGCGAGCGGUGGGGCCUGGUGCCAACACAUGCCUACGCCGUGCUGGACAUCAGGGAGUACAAGGGCAAACGCUUCCUCCAGCUGAAAAACCCCUGGAGCCACCUGAGGUGGAAGGGACGCUUCAGUGAGCGGGAUGAGAAGAGCUGGACCCCCGAGCUGCUCAAAUACCUCAACUUUGACCCCAAGACCGCACAGAAAUUUGACAACGGCGUCUUCUGGAUCACCUGGGAAGACCUUUGUCAGUACUACGAUGUUGUCUACUUGAGCUGGAGUCCUGCCCUGUUCAAGGAGUCUUCCUGCAUCCACAGCAGCUGGGAUGGAAAGCAGGGACCCGUGAAGGAUGCCUACAGCCUAGCCAACAACCCUCAGUACAAACUGGAGGUUCAGUGCCCACAAGGGGGCGCUGCAGUCUGGGUGCUACUCACUCGGCACAUCACAGACAAGGACGACUUUGCACAAAACCGGGAAUUUAUCACCUUAGUUGUGUACAAGACAGAUGGGAAGAAGGUUUACUAUCCCACUGAACCUCCUCCCUUUAUUGACGGGAUUCGGAUCAAUAGUCCGCACUACCUGACUAAGAUGAAGCUGACCAGUGGAGGGACCCACACCUUCACCCUGGUGGUCUCUCAGUAUGAGAAGCAGAACACAAUCAACUACACGCUGAGGGUGUACUCUGGAUGCAAGUUUAAUUUCUCCAAGAUCCCAACACCCUUCACUCAUUCAAAGAGGAUAAACGGGCAAUGGAAAGGAGCUAGUGCUGGGGGGUGUGGGAACUACAAAGAGUCUUACAAACACAACCCCAUCUACCAGUUCAACCUGGAGAAAGCAGGGCCUCUGCUGAUUGAGCUGAGAGGGUCCAGGCAGUACAGUGUUGGGUUUGAGGUCCUGACCGUGUCCACUGUGGGAGACCCAGGACCCGCUGGCUUCCAGAGGAAAAGCAGUGGAGAUUAUCGGUGUGGUUUCUGUUACAUGGAGGCUGACCAUGUUCCGGCUGGCGUUUACAACGUCAUUCCUACCACGUUCCUGCCCAAGCAGGAGGGUCCGUUCUUUUUAGACUUCAGCAGCGCUUCGCCCCUCCGAGUGUCCCAGCUCCAGUGAGGGGUGCCCUUGUCCUCAGGAUGCCCCAGCUGGCCGAGGCGGUACCCAAUACCUGAAGGUCAAUGCAUGGCCUCCCCUCGUCAGCCUGUGCAGGACACACGGGCUAUAGGACACACUCGCUUGGCAUGGUGGAGUCAAGCAUUUCACUGGACAGAGCAGCGGAUUUUAUUAAACCAAAAAAAAAAAGAUUCAGGAUAAUAGAACUUCCUAUGCGGCUGUUGGAGGGAGAGAAAAUCAUUUGUCUUGCCAUAUAUGGUAUGAUUAUACCCCCUUCAUAAUGUGCUAUUUUCAUUGAUUUUACUGGUUCCACCAGCAUGACAACUAUGUUCCCUGACUUCAUUCAAAUUAAUUAAAUAGUGUUCAUUCACAUUUAGUCUAGUGUACCAGAGGCUUAGAGCCUUUCCAGUGCUUAUCAGAGGCUACCACAGUGUGAGGAUAAAUUGAUUCCACUGUAACAAAUGAAGUGAUAUAAAGGGAAGCAUUCAAAACUGGCUGUGCUAGCUUUUCUCAGGAGACAGAAACAAACACAGGGAGCUGUUUCUUGAAGACAAUGUCUGCUUUUGCUCAGUGGCUUAAAUACUGCACUUAUUUGCCCAAUGUAUAAACAUGCAUACAUUAUUUUUUUGGUGUGGGCUGAUUUUCUGUGGCUUUUCACUGUAAUGUGCUGCACACAAAAAGUCUUCUCAAAACAACCAUAGAUUCAGCUGUCUCACCGAGGCAUUGUGGGACAAUGGUGGUGCUAGGAUAAACAGGAUUGACUCGUGGUCAAAGGGAGAGUGAAAUAAAAUUUGUCCGUUUUCAGUGACUGUAAUAACUUGACAGCUUGAAAUCCUAUAUUUUCCUUAUUUUCCUUUCUUAUAUAGAUUAUGUGCACCUACAUGCAUUACUCUAUGAAACUGUUCAUAGGCGGUGGUUUUAGGUUUUUUUUUUUUUUUAAAAGGAGGUAAUUUUGUUAAAUAGGUAAUAAACUGUACUGCCCUACUAGAGUGAUGCUAAAAUGUUCAGCAGACCGAAAAUGGGGCACUGGUGCUGCCAUGUUGAUGGCCUAGUUUCGCUGUUUGAAAACAGCUGCAAUCAGCAAAACAUUUCAGCUGUAAUUGAAGUCAUGGGGUGGAGCAAGAACAAAGGCUGCUAAAGUUAGGAGUGGAAGAGGAAAACCAUUCCUUUGGGAGGGAUUUAUAAACGGAGAGAUGGCACAGUUUUGAGUCUGCACGCACUGGCUCAGGAGGCCCAUGUGGGCUGGAGACAGCCUGUUAUUGGUCCUGAGAGGAUGGGUAUAUGGAGCUCGCUUUUUCAGGUCGUCUGCUAAUGCUAAUGUCCACUCCUCAGGCGGACACUGGGAGGAAGGAAAGGGGGGUGGGGCAGCAACUAGGAUGGGGUGCGGAUACGCAGCACAUUGUGGUGAGAACAGCCGAUGUCUGCAAUUGCAGCGCACUUACAGACAAUCAGCCCUUUGUGCUCUUUAUAAAAAUGUAAAGACCCCUAUGAAGCUGAGGUGAAUAAGACCCAAUUAAAUGGAGAAAGUGCUGCACUUCACCUGUGGGAAAGACCUGUGGCACAUUUCCUGAUUUCUGCUUUUUCUCUACCACCCAUAGUGUCUCCAUCGACCACUGGCACAGGUUUUUUCAGAAGGUAUUGACCUUCAUUGCAUUUACCAUCACCGGUAACAUCAGCUGGGACAUAGGCAACAGUUUUUAGUUGUGUUGUACACCAUGUGCAUGCAUACAUGUACAGCACCGGAGCAAAGAGAAGGGAUAAAUGGCUAGUGAUAAGAUUUACAAUAUUUUCUGUUAUAUAGAUGGUCAAAAGGAUGAGUGGCUCAGCUGGUCCCACAACCUGAACAUUUCUGGGUCCAUUCUCAUCCUUGUACUGUGGCCUAACUUCACUUCAGCUCUAGAAAAACAAACCCAAUGACCAAUCUCAUUCCUCCUGGUCAGUGUUAUACUCACUGAGUCCAAGAACAUCCUGUUACAUACCUUCAGCCAUCCAUUUAAUUAAUUAUAAGGAAAUAAAGAUUCAAAAGCAAGGUGUGGGGAAAGUAGUAUAUGUAUGUAAUAUCUGACUGACUGUUGGAAAUACUAUCAUGUAUGCAUGCUUGGUUUUAUUUAAAUGUCAUGAAAUUGCACUGAAUUUGCGUGAGAUAUAGAAUUUGCAAUGCUGUUUACAUUACUCUAUACCAGUGGUAACUAAGCCUGUUCCUGGAGAUCUACAAACCUGUAGGUUUUCAUUUCAACCCUAAUUUGGCACUGGCAUAGAUAUCUAGCUGUGGAAUGAGGUGUGCUCUGUUAGGGUUCAAGGGAAAACCUACAGGAUAGUAGAUCUCUGGGAAGAGUUUGUUACCACUGCUCUAUACAGUAACCGCAAUUAAUGGUUAGAUAUUGAACAUCUAACAAACAGGGUAAUUACAAUAUGACUGACUGAAUGAAUAAACCAGGGAAGAGAAAUACAAUUCAAAAGUGUGGGAGGUUUUUAAAUGUAUCUCCUGAGUCUUUAAUCCCAUUUCUUUACACACACCAGGCCAUUUCUCCUUUGCCUGAAACUUAACUGUGCCUUCAGGCUAUAAUAAACAAUACUACAUAUACCCAAUAUUUUUUAUUUUGUUAAUAUGAAAAUUGCAAUAAAAACUACCCCCUGUGAUCUCAA